CUGGAAAGCUUGCGGUAUCUGUAUCUCGUCGGUGGCGUCUAUGUCCGUAACACGGUGGUAAUCUCAAUUCUCAAUCAGUGACACUCGACUUUUUUGUUAAAUUUUACGGAUGAAUGAUUAAAGCACGAAACAAGUAAGAGAAUAGAGGCAAAAGAAGGAAGCAGACGGUAUACAACGGUUCGUCGUGUGAAUCCGCAAAAACGACGACGAAAAUGAGUGAGCUUGUUUGGGGAAUCAAAAACGGCGAUCUCGAGCAAGUACGAGAUAUCGUCGAGAACAAGAAUAUCGAUGUAAAUCAAAUGAUAGAUGGAAGAACGCCAUUACAUUAUGCAGCUGAUUAUGGCCAAAGUGAGGUUGUCAGAUAUUUAUUGGACAAAGGAGCUAAUGCCAACGCUACGGAUAAACACGGAAUCACUACAUUGUUGGCGGCAAUUUGGGAAGGACAUACAAACUGUGUAAAAUUGUUACUGGAGAAAGGUGCUAAACCAGAUGGCUUAACACCGGAUGGCACGAGCUAUCUGGAUGCGGCCGAGAAAGAUGACAUUAAACAGCUUCUUAAACUCCACUAGCAUAAAGCUAAACAAAAUCUGGAAUUAUAAUUUUGUUACUUUAGUACGUUAAUAUUUCUCCUUAUAGAAACAAAGGAGAGAAAAAGAGAGAGAAAAAGAAUUAUUCCAUCAUAGCUUUGUUUUGAUUUUUCGCCUAUGAUGACUACGGUAUUAUAUUUAAGCACUAUAAAUUAAAUUUUAAACAUGGAUAUGUGGAUGUUGUAUAAUAAUAAUAAUAAUAAUAAUCAGCAUAUCGAGAGAAAAUGUAUAAUAGAAAGCUCAUAUUCUUCUCAUCGUAAUUAAUUCUCCAAGGUCCUAAAUACACAUAUAGAUUUUCGGUUAAUAAUGACAAGAUAUUUGUUUGUAAUUACUCGAGACGACAGUUUAAUUUGUAAUCAUACAUACAUGCAUAGGUACAUGCAUACAUACAUACAUACAUACAUACAUACAUACAUGGAUAUAUACACGCACAAGUACACGCACAUACAUUAAUAUAAUGUAUUUUGAUAUAUUUUAUAAGAGAAAAAUAAGAGAUGAUUAUCACAUACAGUUUUUACAUGUAUAUCGGUUGUUAUUAAUUUCUGUAAACCCCAACAAAAAUUGUUCAAUGUGUAUUUUUAUGUAACGAUUUGUUGAGACGUAUUAUUUCAUAUUUUAUCUGAUGUUUCUAUAACGAUUGUGAACAAAGUGCAAAAAAUGUAUCUGAUAUGUCUGCCUAAUAAGUCCCACAAAGGACAUAUGUAUAACUUGCUUUAUAAGUACCAUAAUGUGUAAUAUGUUUUAAAAAAAUACCAAGGAUGUACAAUAAUCAAAAUAAGUAAAAAUACAUAAUCGUUAUGAACAUUGGGUAAUUCUGCAUCAUAAGGCAGCUACUAAUGAUCGUGACACGUAUUGUCGAAUUGUCAAGAUUGAAUAGCCACUAAAAGUGUAAUGAAUAAAAUCAAACGUAAGUUUUCAACUACUGGGUGGGUUGAAAGUGUAUUUAUACUUACAAUCUUAUAUUCAGGCAAGGAGAUUGCCCAAAUAAAAUAAACGAAUGCAUCACAUA